AUGGUUACGCUUCAUAACGGCUGUGAGGAGGCUGAGCUGGCGCAGAAGGAGAGGAGGGCCUGUUUGUGCCCUGACACCCCUCCCCCCCUCCACAAGGUCAUGUGUGUGAAGAGCACAGUGCACCCAUCUGCCAGAGCCUCCUCUGGAGCUGCUGCAGCUGAUGAGGCAGGAUACUGUGCUUCGGGCUCAUACACCUACAAGUGA